CUACCUAAACAGGGACGGGGACAAAACUAUUGCACAUGUCUUGCUCUUUCUUCUUGGCGUUUCAGAGUAGGGCACCGAUUAAAGGUGUUAUCUUUUGGGGAUAGCAUUACAGGAGUGGUAGAUGCACGUCGCUUAAAUCGAAUGAUAGACGGAAAGGGGGAACUACUAUCGGUUUUACUGUCGUUUGAUGAAGUGGUUCUCCCGAUUUAUGUAAAAGUUGGGUAUGUGAAAUAUGCUGUGAGACCAUAUUUACAGAAAUUGCUGCAGUGGUACAAAUGUAAAACAUUGGACACGUGAAAGUGUAAAUAAAUAAAUGUGUAGUAGUUGAAGAGUCAGAUUAAGCAUGUUUCUGUAGUUGUGAAAGGAAUCACGUUCCAAAAUCCCCGGAGUGCCCUGUAAGGAUGAAGGUCGCAGUAGCUAGGAUCAGGACUAUCAAGCAGGUUUUCUAUGUAGAGACAGUGAGAAUUGCUGAAGGGGUGAGUAGAGUAGAGUAGAGAUUGUAGUGGAUGUCCCACAUCUGCAGUGAAUACCAUGCAGGAGAAGGAUCCCGACACACGAACAGUGAAGAAGGUGGACUUUGUUGCGUUCACUUGCACUAGUCAAACGAAUCAAAAAUCGAAUUAGCUUGACAUCGUUGUGAAAGCGGCAAAUAGGUUUCUGGGUCUUUACAGCCGAAAUGUUACACGGACUACUGAAUGAAGAGGUUGCUGUGCUGUGUAUGGAUCUGAAUAGGCAUUUAAAUCCAACUGAAGGAGUACAGUGUUUUGUUUGAAAUGUAGCGUGCAUUUGCUUAGUGUUUUUGUUGUUGUUGGUAAUUAGUAUGAAUUUGUUCAUCCAAAACAUAUUUUGUUUUUUGGGUAUUUUUACUACCUCGUAGAAUAGGUGGCGGCAAAACAUCUACUGAGUGUAGUCUGCCAAUAAACCUCGAAGAAGAAUACGAGCAAGGCGCAUGCGGUGUUUGUGUGGGGCUUUUGCUAGCUUAGCCGUGUAACAAGCUGUGCAUCCCUGCGCGAAACGAUCAACCAAAUAGGCCUUAUUCUAACAUCGGAAGCAGGCUACUGUAGUUGGGUAUCUCUCUAAUUCUUUGUUGUGUUAUAUUUUAUGUUAGAGUUAGGUCAGGUCGUUGUCUAUAUUAGUUAGCUCAACUAAUCCACAUAAAAUGACUGAUCAAUCAUCACUGCUGCUUCGAAAACAACUGGCAGAGCUCAACAAGAACCCCGUGGAGGGAUUUUCUGCCGGUCUCAUAGACGAUGAUGACAUCCAUCAGUGGGAGGUGGUCGUUAUUGGUCCUCAAGAUACAUUAUUUGAGGGUGGUUUCUUUAAAGCCUACCUGACCUUUCCCCAUGACUACCCUCAUAGGCCCCCGAAGAUGAAGUUCAUCACAGAAAUAUGGCAUCCCAAUGUGGCAAAGAAUGGUGACGUGUGUAUCUCCAUUCUGCAUGAGCCCGGAGAGGACAAGUUUGGCUAUGAGAAGCCUGAGGAGCGCUGGCUGCCCAUCCACACUGUAGAGACCAUCAUGAUCAGUGUCAUCUCCAUGCUGGCCGACCCGAAUGGCGACUCACCUGCCAACGUGGACGCAGCCAAGGAAUGGAGAGAGGAUCCUUGCGGAGAGUUCAAGAGGAAGGUAGCUCGCUGUGUACGAAAGAGUCAGGAGAUGGCGUUUGACUAGGCCCCCUCCGACACAAACCCACUGAAAUUUUUACCUUGGUGGAUACAUCAUGUCACUCUUCAAUAAAGACUUUUGCACCAGUGUUCUGCUCUUAGGAAGAUGUGGAAUAAAAAGCCAACUCUUUUCUUUAGUUUUGUAAAUAGGGUCAGGGUCAAGUAAAUGUGUGUAGAUAAACAUCCCCCUCAUGGUUAUUGUCCAGUUCUCACCUUAUACUUAUUUAUUUAGAUGAUCAUGACAAUUCAAGAUGUGUUUUGUUUUGAUGAGCUUAUUCUUUAUUUUCAACCUGCCACUGAGCCAUCUAUUUUAGACUUGUCUCUUAUGCAAUUUUGGAGUUCAGAGUAUUUGAAGAUAUUGUUACCAACAAAGGCUUUCGUUGCCCAUCCCCUCAAGUGUUCUGCAAAGUCCUUUCAAAGAGGUCAAUACACUGCUGCCUUAAGUUGUUUUCCUGUAAGCAAAGGAAACUGUCUCCAGUGAUGUCAACAUCUGUCUGGAUACAUUUCUUCUGUGUUUGAUCAAUAUAUUUUUGGGGAUAAACCAAAAACAUUAGCAUGAUGAACAGAGAAUAUUUUUUUGUAAUAAAGAUCAUCUAAAAUUUUGUGUAUGUAAAUAUGUACUGUAUCAAAUUAGUUGUACCUAAGGGUGAAUGUUUGUGUACUUGAGUCUCUUACUGUUAUAGCUUAGAUUUUUAGGGACCUGUCAGUUUGCCCUUUGUCUAUUCUUGUGAAUCAUUUUAGCUUUGGUCACAUGUACACAGAAAAUCAAUCUUAUUUUAGCUUUGGCUCAGCCUUUUUGUUUUGUGUGUAGUCUUUCAAGGUUGUGAUGAAUGAAGUGAUGCCACUUUGUUAAAUGUUUACUCAAGUAUAGACAUUCCUGUGCAAGUGGAUUAGACUGGCCUUCCGCAACACAAUUUCGUGUUAUGCAAAAUCUAAUAAUGGAAGUGGCGGAUUGUUAGAACAAGAAAUAAAACUUGUAGCUCAAUAGUUCUACCCAUUCACCUGUGUGAUGUGAAAUUGUAGGCAUUUACACCCACAGUUAAUGUCUAUAACUUGAGCCCAAUAAAGUUUUGAAAAUUA